CUGCUAUCAAAAAAACCACCAAACCCAAUACAAAUCCCACGAGAACCCUCACUCACACCGCAAUCACCUUCUUCCCCUCCCCCAAAACCGCCGUACCACCAGCGUCCCUCGGCACCGCUCCCGCCUUCUUUGGUCGCGUGGCAUUGCAUUGCAUUCGAUUUACCCCUCACUUGUGCCUAUUGGGACAUAUUUACCCCCGAGGAGAGCUCUCAAUUGCGGGAGAGACGGACAAAGAAAGCUUCGCGACGAUCCCCGUUGCUUCUCAAAUUGCUUCACCACCAAAACACACCUCGAACUUCACGCCCGAUAUGUCGGCCUCCCUCCCCGGCAGCCGCGAGCUGCCCGCCUCGCAGUAUGAUCUCAGCACAUACAUGGGCCGCGUACGGCACAACCUGGGCCUCACCGACCCAAGCACCCUCCUCGUCGGCAGCACCGGUCUCGAGCAAGCAAAGUCCCUCCUCACCGACUACAAGCAGGGCAAGAUCCCGACAAUGACCCCCGAGCUCUGGCAGGCCAAAAAGGUCGUCGACUCGACCCUCCACCCAGACACCGCCGAACCCGUCUUUCUCCCCUUCCGCAUGUCCGCCUUCGUCCUGACCAACUUGAUCGUCACAGCUGGCAUACUCCAGCCCGGUCUCGGAACAGCAGGCACAAUCGCAUGGCAAGUCGUAAACCAGUCCCUCAACGUGGCCAUCAACUCGGCAAACGCAAACAAGUCCUCCCCCUUAUCCUGGCGCAAGCUCGGCGAGUCCUACGCAAUGGCCGUCUCCGUCUCCUGCGGUGUAGCCGUCGGCCUCAACAAGCUCGUGCCCCGGCUCAAGAACCUCACCCCCGCGACCCGCACGACGCUCACCCGCCUCGUCCCCUUCGCCGCCGUCGCCUCGGCCGGCUUCCUCAACGUCCUCCUCAUGCGCGGCGAGGAGAUGCGCAAGGGCAUCGACGUCUUCCCCGUCGUCGCGGAGAAGACGCAGGCCGCCGAGACCAAGGAACAACAGGCUGUCGAAGGCGCCGCCGCUGCCACCAGCCAACAACCCCAAUCCCUCGGCCGCAGCAAAAAGGCGGCCCAAAUCGCCGUCGGCGAGACGGCCUGCUCCCGCGUCUUCAACUCCACGCCCAUCAUGGUCAUCCCCCCUCUCGUCCUCGUCCGCCUGCAGGCCCAGCAGUGGCUCAAGCAGCGGCCCCGCCUCACCGUGCCCGUCAACCUCGGCCUCAUCCUCGUGACCAGCUACGCCGUCCUCCCGCUCGCCCUGGCCGUAUUCCCUCAGCGACAGAGCAUCAGCGCGGACAAGCUCGAGCCCGAGUUCCACGGACGCGGCGGCGAGGGCGGUCUCGUUGUGUUUAACAGGGGUAUCUAGAUAUCUGUCUAUACCCUCUCUCUCUUGCAUUGUUUCCAUUUUGCUACUAUACCGAAGCUGGAAGCUGGAAUACAAAAGGCAUCCCAAAGCGAAAUUCCCAUUGAGCGCAGGAAGAAAUUCAAAAGCAUGAGCGGGUGGGCAGACGGGAACGUCACGAAACGCGGAUGUUUCUCGUUGUCUGCGCGAUACAGGCAAAGGCAAGUCUUGCCGAAGCAGCUUUUCCUGCCUAACCUUACCCCAUGAUACCGUCUACCUGCCCUGACAUGUCUGUCGCAAUCGCACCCGUCAAUCUGGGGGGGCAAAGACUCAAAGAAAAAGGAGAGCAAUGUCUCCGUCCAACCACUCCCCCAGACGAGCGUAAUAUGGGAUAGAGAACCCGGUAUCAGAUCGGACGUUGAAAGCGUUUCACGCAGCUACAAAGUCAUUCUUGGCAAAAAACACCACGGUUAUUUUUCGGUGAUUCCACCACCCCCUUCCAAAAUCUUUCUGAACCGUGGUGGAAAACCGCAGAAAGCUAGGCCAUCAGCUGUAAUCCAAUGGCCGUGGGCUAGAUGUUUAUACGGAUACGUAGCAUAUUCAGGGAGGGAACGCGUAGAGACUUUGCUUGUUAGCCAGGUAGGGCAGAAAUCAUCCCGCG